AUGAGCUCCUCCCCUGGGAGCCAGCCCGGUAAACGGCAAAACGUGUGGCAGUCGCCGCCGCUCGACGUCGUCGAGCCCAUCCUGUUCGCGCUGAGCUGGUACGACAGCUGGCACGCGUGCGGCGACAAGCGCGGCGAGCAGCACUGGACAGAGGACCAGCGUCUGGCGGCCAUGUACAGGCACUCCGGCGUGCUUGCACGAAUUUGUAUGGGGCUGUCCAGCUCGGUGCGUGCGUGGCGCUCGCCCCUCCGCGAGGCCAACUGGGCGCUGGUCUGCCGCACGAACAGCGCCCGAAUCGACGACGAGGCGGUGCACUCCAUCUGCACAGCUUGCCCAGCGCUGACGGCACUCGACCUCUCCAGCACGAUGAUAUCGGACGCGGCGCUGUACGAGAUCGCUCGCAGCUGCCCGCGGCUGCAGCGCCUGAGCCUGCAGCGCAACGGCUCCGGCGGCAAGCACUUUAGCGACGCCGCCCUCUCCGCCGUCGCCGCGGGCUGCGCCGAGCUACGCUCGCUGCACCUCGGCAACCUGUUGCUCGCCAGCAACCUCCUGGUUUCGCCGUGGGCGGUGUCGCUCACGUCCCUCAACCUCACCGGCUCCGCGUGGCUCUCGGACAGCGCGGUGCGGCGGCUGGCCGCGUGCGCGUCGCUGCAGGAGCUGUGGCUGAGCACCUGCAGCGGGCUGCGCGAUGGCGGGCUGGCGGCGAUCGCGUCCUCGUGCCUGCGGCUGCGCCUCGUCGACGUCUCCAACUGUCGCCGCGUGAGCGAUGAGGGCGUGUGCUGCGUCGCGGCGCUGCCUCUCCUGUCGCACCUCGAGCUCGCGGGCUGCGCGGGCGCGGCGGACAGCCCGCUGCUGGCGCUCGCUCGGCGCGAGGCAGGCCGGCGGCUGGCGUACCUCGGGCUGAGCAGCCGCAACGGACACUUGGCCAUCUCAGAGGAGGGCCUUGUCUCGCUCGCUCCCGCGUGCGCGUCGCUCACCCACCUCAACCUCGCCAGCUGCAGCGCGGCGGGGGCUGGCCGGGCCUCCUUCCACCCAGCGAAGAGCUUCCUCAGGCUCUUCUCCGAGAGGGUGCUCGAUCUGAGCGGUGCGACGAGUGCACCGCGGAGGGUCUGA